UCUCACUCCCACCCUCCUCCUCAAACCCUUCCACCCCACCCCCAACCAUAUCCUUCGCACCAUCUCGUCUCCAUCUCAAUCCUCUCUCUCUCUAUAUCUCUGAGAGACUAGCGACCGGGUUCUGGUGCUCGGCGGUGAUGGAAAGGAAAUGAAGGCGCGUCGGAUCCGAGACCAUGCCGAUACCCCUCUCGGAUGACUCGGGCUCGUUCUGCGAUCUCCUAUGUGGCGAGGACGCCGGAGCGCUCGCCGAGGACUUGCCGGGUUACUCCACCGAGCCCGAGUUCGCGGAGGACUCGGACGAGUCCAUCGCCGGCUUCAUAGAAGGGGAGUCCGACUACUCGCCCCGGUUCGACUACCAGGACCGGUUCCGGUCCCGCUCGCUCGACCCCUUCGCCCGCCAGGAGUCCAUCGCCUGGAUUCUUAAGGUGCACGAAUACUAUCGUUUCCAUCCACUAACGGCGUAUCUUGCCGUUAACUACAUGGAUCGUUUCCUCUCCUCUCACCAAUUACCUCAGUCAAAUGGAUGGGCUUUGCAACUCUUAUCAGUGGCUUGUCUCUCCCUAGCUGCAAAGAUGGAGGAAACUCUGGUUCCAGCCCUUUUAGACCUUCAGGUUGAGGGUCCAAGGUUCAUCUUCGAGCCUCGAACAAUAUGCCGAAUGGAGCUUCUUGUCCUCACUGCAUUAAAUUGGAGGCUUCGAUCUGUGACACCUUUCACAUUUAUUGAUUUCUUUGCUUACAAGGUUGAUCCCAUGGGAACGCAUGCAAGAUAUCUGGUUUCACGUGCUACUCACAUUAUUUUAGCAAUGAUUCAUGAUAUUGACUUCCUGAAUCACUGCCCAUCAUCGAUAGCCGCAUCUGCCAUAAUUUAUGCUGCUGGUGAGACACAGGAUUUGGCUUUUGUUAGUCCUGGAGUUGCAGUGUCAUGGUGCAUUGGACUGACUGAGGAGGCGAUAGCUAAUUGCUACCAACUAAUGCUACAAGUUGCUAUCGAUCACAAGCAGAGAAAGCCUCCAAUGAUCCUGUCGCAGCUCAGAGUAACGACCCCACAUAGCGUGGACUCGGGAGUCUCCUCUUCACCUUCUUCCCCACCCAAUAAAAGGAGGAAGCUAAACAACAAUUGCCUGUGAGUGGGUGAUGACAAGGAGGGCUCAUAAGAAGUAAAAAUUAGAGAAAGGGAUAAGAGAGGGGGGACCCUAACAAUAUUAUAGCUAGUGGACGACUUUUCUUAUUGGGUUUUUCAGAUUCCUCAGUAUUUUUCAGAGGAGUUUGGUCGAUUGGUUUAACAGAGUGCUUAGAUUCGUAUAUUGGUUACGUCCAAGACUUAGGCUUGGUGGAUGUUGAAUUUUUUUGUUUUUUUGUUGUUGGUGGUGGUGUUGUUUCUUCUUAAGUUCUUUCAUUUGUGGGGCUGAGCUAUUUAUAUAAGCCAUGAUGGCACUAGAGUUGCAGAUUCCCAAGGGUGGGGAGUCUGCCAUUCUUUUGUGUGGGGGAAAGUAAGAGAGAUGUGCUCGUUUGUGGAGGACGUGGAGCUCAUUGAAAUCAAAGGCAGCAUUGAUUGUUGAAAGAAAAAGAGGAAGAUGGGGAUGGUGGCGUGGGUCUUUUUAGGGCCAUGAGAAAAGAGCAGGCAUUCAAGCGGGGGAGGUAAUAAUAAUAACAACAACACACACACGCAAUAAAAAAAAAAAAAGAGAAGAAGCUAAGACUCUCCCAUGUUGAAAAUGUUCCAUGAUUUCUUUUAACCGGUCAUCGUCCUCCUUAUUCUCUUCAUCAAUAUUUACUUUUGGAAUUUUGUUUGAUAGAUUUUUUUCCCCCAUUCUUUGUAGUGGUGUGAUUAUGAGUAUCCUGCAUGUGUUUGCUUAAGCAUACCUGUGAGAGGUUUUUGCCUGGGGCUAAAACUGUUUGUAUUAGGGCCUUUGGAGGUCUUUGAGAGUCAUGUAUUAUCUGAAACUCAUAAAUGAAACAAUCUGAUGGAUCUAUUUGUCUGUAAAAA